UCAUUUUUUAGUUCCGCCCUGGUCUGAAGGGACAGCUGGGUUAAAUAACGCAAUGUAUCUCCCUUUGAGAAACGUCCUGCGAUUUAACUGCAACGUCCAGGCGUUGCAGAGGAGCCUUUCCAACACAAAGCACAGUCCUGCAGUCAUCUCCUCCAGAAUGUCUUCAGAGUACAGAAUUGAGGCAGACACCUUCGGAGAGCUGAAGGUGCCCGUUGACAAGUAUUAUGGGGCUCAGACAGUCCGAUCCACCAUGAACUUCAAGAUCGGAGGACCGUCGGAGAGAAUGCCAAUCCAGGUGAUCAAAGCCUUUGGGAUUCUGAAGAGGGCUGCUGCAGAGGUCAACAAGGACUACGGACUGGACCCGAGGCUGGCUGAUGCCAUCGUGCAGGCUGCUGAUGAGGUGCCUGAUACAGGGGGAACAGCCACAUCCACUACAGGAGAGGGUCGCAUGACUGUCAACGUUGUGACAGAUUAGACUGGGUACCUGUCU